UUUUUACCUUAUUCCCCGGAACAGGGGCCCCAGAAUUAGGGAACGCGUGAAAAAACAUCUGCCCUCAGUCUCCUCUCCGGCUUUACUGCUGCUCAUUCCCGCCGCUCUCCCAUCUAUCUCCCACACUACCCGCCUCUAUUCUCAGUCCCUAGUUGCGAUGACCACCAGCUUCGCAGCAAACGCAGAGAUAUCGCGUGUUUUUGCUGCCUCUAUCAGACCCUCUUCUAUUAAACCCAGACCAACCCCACCACCCUUACUUGGUUGCACAUUUAACCGCUUAUCCUAUAGAUUUCCGCUUCUUUCUGCCGCUGCCAAUAGCAAGAGCGGCGUUUUUUCCAUGUCGAAGGAAACUGGCAGAACAAUAGCUGAUGGGGCUGGAGGCCUCACUUAUAAGGACGCUGGUGUUGAUAUAGAUGCCGGGUCUGAGCUUGUUAGGAGAAUUGCAAAGAUGGCACCUGGGAUUGGAGGAUUUGGGGGCCUUUUCCCUCUUGGUGAUUCAUACCUUGUUGCCGGCACAGAUGGUGUAGGAACUAAACUUAAACUUGCAUUUGAAACUGGAAUCCAUGAAACUAUUGGGAUUGAUCUGGUUGCGAUGAGUGUUAAUGAUAUUAUUACUUCUGGUGCAAAACCACUAUUUUUCCUCGAUUAUUUUGCUACAAGCCGCCUUGAUGUUGACCUUGCUGAAAAGGUUAUAAAAGGCAUUGUUGAUGGCUGCAAACAAUCUGACUGCACUCUUUUAGGGGGAGAGACUGCAGAGAUGCCAGAUUUCUACGCAGAUGGCGAGUAUGAUCUUAGUGGUUUUGCUGUGGGAAUUGUUAAAAAGGACUCAGUAAUUGAUGGGAAAAACAUUAAGGCUGGGGACGUUCUCAUUGGUUUGCCGUCAAGUGGAGUCCAUUCUAAUGGCUUCUCUCUUGUAAGAAGGGUUCUGGCUCGAAGUGGCCUUUCCUUGACAGACAAACUUCCUGGUGAAGGCAUUACAUUAGGAGAAGCCCUUAUGGCCCCAACUGUGAUAUAUGUCAAGCAGGUGCUAGACAUAAUUAGCAAGGGAGGUGUAAAGGGCAUAGCCCACAUCACUGGAGGUGGUUUUACAGAUAACAUACCUCGAGUUUUUCCAGAAGGUCUUGGAGCUGUUAUUUAUAAUAACUCCUGGGAAGUCCCAACUGUCUUCAAAUGGCUGCAAGAGGCUGGACGAAUAGAAGAUGCGGAGAUGAGGCGGACUUUUAACAUGGGCAUUGGCAUGGUUCUAAUCGUUACUGAGGAAGCAUCCCACAAAAUACUUGAGGAUGGACAUUAUAAAGCAUAUCGUAUUGGUGAAGUUGUAAGGGGUGAAGGGGUGAGCCAUCAUUAAAACAUGCAAUCUUGACCCAUUCCAUUUGAGUGUGUUACCUGAGAUGAGAAAUACAGCGAAUUGUAGCUUUUGUCAAUUUAACUUGAAAUAUUGCGUCUUGUUUUUGAUCUAUGGGUAUCUUUCCCUUUAGAGCCUCUCAUUGUAAUGGCAACUUUGUAACAUUGCCUCAAAAGAACUGAACAAGAGUUAAAAGUUGUAAUAAA